CCUACCUUUUAAUGUUUGUGUAAUCAAACAAAAAUAGUCUAUUAAUGGUGGUGGUGAUAUUGAGGUUUACAGAAAGUAUAGGCCUAGUGAGUUGAGUAAAUCGAUUGUGUACUGUACAUUGAUACAAACUAUUUUGUUUUCAGUAUUAAUUUUUGAGAUGUAUUUAAUAAUAUCAACGGCUGUCACUAAGACAAGGUGGUCCAGCCUCCCUCUCCUCUUCCUCUGAAGCAGAGAUUGACAAGUUCACUCACUGACGUCUGGACCGCUUACGUAACGCUCGCGCUCAGCCAUGUUUUUCGCGCUCGAAAAGCUGUGGCAACAACAAGCAACCUCCACUUCAGUCAGUGUACCGGUACUUCUGUGAAGUUUAUAAACAUCCUUUGUCGAGGAAACGCCGACAAAACUUUGUUUUAGAACCGUAGAAGACACAGGGUAUGGUCUGUUUAAGAGAAAGAAAGUACAUGUUUUAGAUUUUGGGCCCUGGUGAGAAGGGUUCUCAUGGCACCUCGCCAAGACCAACAGAUUGAGAAGUUACUGGAUGAGGCUUUGAAGCAGAAAAGGUUUCAAGGCUUGGAAGAGUUCUUGGAAGAUAAAAACAAUGAAGGAUCACCAUCAAAGUGUUCCAAACAAUUUCUCACCAAGUUGGACAAAUUUAUUAGCAGGGAAUUGGACCUGAAAAAUGUUGAAAAUGCUUGUCUGGGUUUUAAACUGCUGCACACAUUCGGAUCCAACCUGGUAUUCCCUGGAGGUGAAGGGUUGGCAGGAAUGGUAUCUCAAGGGAUUGUGGAUAAGAUGGAGCACUGGUUUGACAAAGCCUGGCUGCUGUGGGAGGAGGGAGGAGAUGAAGAAAGUGAUGUGCUGCUCCGUCUCACAGAAGACUUCUUUGAUGCCCUCAUGGCAAUUCAUGACAGCGGAAAAGAGGGAACUGAACAGGUUAAUGAGUCUUUCCUGACCCUCACUGGCAAACUGGCGUCUAAUUCCCAAGUGCACAUAUCCGUGCAGAAGGAGGCAGUCCAAAAACUCAAUGCCCUCCUAUGUGCAAUGCCCUCUGAACUGAGGAAGGAACGGAAGUCUUUGUCAAAGGAGGAUUCAGAUGUGAUAAAAGAGCUAGCUGGCAGAAUUCUGACAUGUGGAGACUAUGAUUUGCAAGCUGCUACUCUGGAAGCCAUCUGCAGGAUGUCAUCUGUCGCCCAGAGGAGGGAUUUUGUGUACAACUGGUUCACCAUGGACUAUGUGGCCUCCGCCUUCCUGAAGAUUCGAGAAGCUCAGUUUGAGACUGAUUGCAGGAAGUUUCUGAACAUGGUCAAUGGCAUGAAAGGUGACAUUGCAAGAGUGUACUCCUACCCGUGCCUGGGGGUGUUUUUGGACCAGCACGAGCUGCUGAUACCAUCGGAUGAACUUGAGGAAUUCUGGAUAGACUUCAACAUUGGAAGCCUGAGUUUAUCCUUCUACUGCAUGCUCACCAACCAUGACGAUCAUGAGCCUAUAUCCACAUGGGAGACAUUUUUUCUUCCUGGACAUGCUGUGAAGAACUACUUUGUGGAUGAGCAUGAGGACAAGAAGGUCCUGAGCAUACAGCUGGCCGCGCCCUACUUUCUAGGCCAGAUCUCGGGCACCAGGCUCUCCAUUCACUUUAGUUCCACCUUGAACGUUCUGCAGGCCGCACAGAAAGUCUUUGGAGGUGGGAAGAACAAAAGAUUUGUUGGGAAGUCGGGGACCUCUGUAGUGAAGACCACUGUCCAGAUUAUCUUGGACGAGAACUCACAGGCAUUCUCACAGGUUCUGAUCCCCGACAGCCAGAUCUCCCUCAGCCAGCGGUCAGAGAGGGAGCCGCCAGCCCUAAACAGCGCCACCACCCACGUGCCACUGCCCUCCAGUGUUCCUGCGGAGAACAACAACAACAACCUCCCAGCCAGCCUCAACAAGCAGGGUGUGACCCCAGCUAGGCCCAAAAUCUCCAAGACGUCAACCUUCAUAGUGAGCAGCAGCAGCGGCCGCAAGCUCGCAGCGGGGACCCCCAGCAGCAGCAGGGCCGGCACAGCCACAUGCACCCCCAGAGGGAAGGUGAAGCCUGCGUUGCAGAUGAUCAGCUCGGUGGAGAGGAAAUGUGAACGCAGCCUAGCCAAGACCCCCGUCAGUGUGAAGAAGACUCCUCCUGAACUCCCACCUACCACCAAAGAGCAGAAGCAUGUUGUAGCCUCUGGCAGUGUGAAGAAGACCCCUCCUGAACUCCCACGCACCACCAAAGAGCAGAAGCAUGUUAUAGCACCUGGCAGUGUCAAGAAGAUGACUCCUGAGCUCCCACAAAACAGCAAAGAGCAGAGGCCUGCUGUUGCACCUGUUCGCCCAUCCAGUGCAGAUCCAAAGCCCACCCCAAAGAAAGGCCAUGAUGCACAGAAAUUCCGCAGGCACAUUCCUGUGGACCGCGUGUUGGAGAUGGUGCAGACAGAGGAGACGUGUGCAGAGGAGCCUCAGGAUGAUGGUGUAGUCCCAGACACUCAGCCGACAGACAGAAAGGAAAGCAGAAUCCUUCCUGCUCUCCAAAAUGAGGAUGUCCCAAGAAAGACAUCUGUGCCGGUGCUGUCUGGACAGAAGAGCAACCUCAAGAUGUCCACUUCAAAACAGGGCUCUGGACCAAAGCCCCCUGCCAGUGUGGAGCAGCAGCCGCUGCCCCUGCCAAAGUCCCAGUCCCAGUCGCGGAGUCGACCGGCUUCUGCCCAGCGCCUCUCCAGCGAGAUGAGCCCCAGCCAGCUGCAUGUCCAGCUCACCCAGAAGCUGGAGGCCCUCGUCCGGGAGAGGGAGCAGCUGCACACCCCAUCCAGCAACAAGACUCCCCCUGCUGCAGCAGGCUCCAGCCGCACUCAGACACCCGCACUACCAGGCCCAGGGAAAGCCAAAGCUGGGCCUGUGGUGGCUGUGAAUAAUCUGAUGCCCCCAAAGCCCACGCCAACCAAGGCUCUGGCUGAAAAAGCGACCAAUACUAGAAACAAAGGGAGUGCAGUGGACAUCAUCAAGAAGAAAGAGGCUGGAGGGACUCCCAGUGUCAAGGAUAAAAAGUUGGAGGAAAAGGAAAAUGUGGCUGGCGAUAUGGUGAAGUUUAUCUCCAGUCAUUACCAAAUCACAGGGCAUGGAGCAGUGAAGACAUCAGGGCCGUCGUUACCUAAUGUUAACAAUAAGAGGUCUGUGUUUGACAAAGCUUGGUCCUUGAACAGCAGUUCACUUCUGAAGGGAGACAGCAAUAGCUCAGGCUUCUUGAAGUCAUUUGAAAUGACCAAGAAGACUUCAAUGGAGAUCAAUGAGGAUAUCUAUGCAUUCAAUGCACGCUCUCCUGACAGCUCGAAGACCGGAGUGAAGAAAAUGAACGGCAAAAAAGCUAGUGAGAUGUCUCCUGAGUCCAGUGCCAUAAGCAGCUCUUUUGCCCGCUCUGCAUCUGCAAGGAAGGCCCCUCCAGCAAAGGUAUACGGCCGCCACGUCAAGAAGCACCUGUUCAGCGACACAGACACGGACAGAGACCGGGACAACGGCACGGACGUUAGCUGGCUCAGAGACUCCGCUCGCAGGCCCAAACCCAAAGUGACCGACUACGGGCGCCAGCCCACCAAGCCCUGCCCACCUCCCUGCCACUCAGAUUCAUCCCUAGACCUGCCUGCUCCUCCAUCUCCUCAACGUUCUCCUUCCCCAAAACCUGUGAAGGAGCAAGCUAAGCCAAAGAGGAAAAGACCUCAGAAGAAGGCAGCAGAGAAUAAGGUAGCAGAAAGGAAGCCUGUGGAAAAGAAGACUGCUGCUGUGGAGAAGAAGGCCGUGGAGCGGAAGGCUGCUACCAAGCCUGCAGAGACCCGGGGGAGAAGGCCACGCAGGGCGGUCACGUUAGAAGUGUCCUACAAGGAGGACUCUGAGCACUCAGAGCCUGAGGAAGUUCCGAGUAAGAAGCAGAGGACCAGCGGCUCCUCUUCGGACACAACUGAAAGGCCACAGCCAGAGGUCAAAAAUACAAAGAUCUGUCCACCAAAGAAGUCAAAGGAGGUCUCCCCGUCCCCACCACCAAACACGAAGGCGGUCUCUCCACACUUUCCACAGAUGAAGAGGGUCUCUGCCCAGCAGGACACAAGGAAGAAGAGAGACAUCUCUCCACCGCAGAAGAAGAGGGACAUCUCUCCCCUGCAGAAGAAGAGGGACAUCUCUCCCCCGCUGAGGAAGAGGGACAGCUCUCCCCCUCAGAAGAAGAAGAGGGACAUCUCUCCCCUGCAGAAGAAGAGGGACAUCUCUCCCCCGCAGAAGAAGCGGGAUAUCUCUCCCCUGCAGAAAAAGAGGAAUGUCUCUCCCCCUCAGAAGAAGAGGGACAUCUCUCCCCCUCAGAAGAGGGAUGUCUCUCGCCCGCUGAAGAAGAGGGACGUCUCUCCACCACAGAAGAAGCGGGACGUCUCUCCCCCUCAGAAGAACAGGGAUGUCUCUCCCCCUCAGAAGAAGAGAGCUUCCCCUCAAAAGAAGAAGCGGGAGGCCUCUCCCCCGCUAAAGAAGCCUGUUAAACCUCCCCAGGAGUCCUGGGCCAGCCGAAUAGCUUCCUCCUUCUUCAGCCCUCCUGCCAGAGAGAUGAUGAGAUCUGCAGCGAGGUCGCCAAUAGCUUUGUCACCUGCCACCCCCCUCCGGGCAGUGGUGUGCCUCUCUCCGGAGGCCCUGCCCCCUCCAUCACCUGACCUGGAGAUGCCCAAAUCGGCCACUGCUGGCAUAACAGCCUCCUCAUUCUACAAGCCUGCUGCUGCUGCUGCUGCAGCUGGAGGCAAGUCGAGGGCCAACGGAAACGGAAAAGAGAAGCUGAAGACCCCCUCCCUGCCAGCCCUGCCCACGCCCAUCGGCAAGACCCCCUCCCUCGCCAGCAGCCGCAGGUCCAACACUGCAGAGUGCCAGCUUGCUGACCUGAGUCCUGGGUGCUCCCCGGUGCAUUCACUGGUGGAGGCUCACCUGACCUCCACGGCGCUGCAGAGGUCAUCAGAGGGCUCCCCCUUCAAGCCCCUGGACCUGGACCAGCAGCUGAGGGACUUCGUCAAGGCCAAUGAGGGGGCCUGGGGCGGCGUCUCAGAACAAGGCCUCUCCGACAACUCCAUGGCAACCCUCAGCCAGUCCUCACAGCUGUCAGCCAAAAACGUGGCUAUACUCUACUCUCAAAUGGAGAAAACACCUGCUUGCAAUAGGAGACGUGAGAACAUUGACACAUCGUUGCACUCAGAUGAGAACGUUAACACGUCAUUGCAAUCUGGCCCCAGCUAUGAGCGCAUGGGCUCACAGACCAACAACAUCAGCUGCCAGUCAGACAAAGAGAGGGAAGAGGAUGGUGAUGCUGACAACAAAGAGGAAGAAGAAGGAGAGAAGCAGGAGAGGAGGGCUGUGCCAAGAGCCAAGGCCCUGAAGAUGAAGCCCAGGAAACUCUUCAAAGGGAAAGACAAAUCAGCGUACUUGAAGCAAGCAGCAGAGGAGCAGAGCAGCUCGGAUGAGGAGGCUGAGGAGGAGGAAGAGGGGGCGCAGAAGGUGCAGGCUGUUCAGGAGAGGAAGAGGAGGAGGGUGGUGCGCACCACCAACAAAACCUACUUCACCAACCAGACUCACACCACAAGCACAGAGGAAAACGUGGCGGUGGAGAUGUCAUCUCACAUGGUGGCCAGCAGCUGUAGCACAUGGAAGACAACAGCAGGCGCGCAGGGCGCAGGCGAGGAAGAGGAGUAUGAGGAGGAGGAAGAGCAGUCCGUUACCAAGGAGAUAAUGAGCACCUCCACGGAGAUGGGCUACGUCUGCCAAGAGUUCAGCACCGAGCUCACCAGGAAGAUCCAGAAACGCUCGGAGAAGAUGGAGUUGUACAAUAAGCAGUCCCUGAAGACCGUGCAGCAGCAUAUGGCCUCCGUCAGCCAGCAGAUGCACAAGCUCAGAGUCCAGCGGGUGGAGAAGGUGAGGCAGGCCCUGCUGGAGGAGAUCAGCAGUCUGGAGCAGGACGACAACGCCCUGAAGAGCAUGGAGAAGGAGCUGACGAUCCACUGGAAGAAGCAGUCCCUGGCGCUGCAUUCCUACCAGGAGAGAGAAUCUCGCAGGCUACAGCACCUCAAGAGCACCUUCCAGACAAAUGUAUCCAACAACCUGGAGUAUGAGGAGCAGAUCAUUGGCACUGAGAUGUGCCUGAUGAAGAAAAACAUGAAGUCGGUCCAGGAUAAAUUUCUUCAGGAGAUGCGAGAAGAGGAGCUCUCCAGUAUGCGUAGAGGACUGCAAACUCUGUUCCUGUCUGGAGCACCCCUCUUCUAAUGCUAAGAAUGGCCAGAGAAAAGGUGUUUUUAAUUCAAGUUCAUGUGUUCCUGUUCCUGUUUAUGUUCUAAACUGUUUACAAGUGUGUUCUCUUAGUUGCUGACCCUGUUCAAACAUGUAAUAGCAUAUUAUAAUCCAAUAUUUAUUGUAAUUUAUUUAAUUUAUCUAUUUAUUUAGUAUGUUGUAAGGCCUUCAUGUGUGUUUACUCACACAGAUUUUAAUUUAAAUAAUGAAUUCAUCUGCAAAAUGUAUUUAUUAAUCUGAAAAAAGAAUUGGUUUACUGUUACUAUAUAAUUAGAAUCACAAUAAAAAAAAAAAAAGAAAA